UCGCCACUUCUUAAAGCUCUCCGUCCUCAGGUGAGAAGUGGAUCGAUCCAUUUCCUACUCCACUUAAUCCUCCGUGUUCUCGGAUCUCGAGAUUCGACCUUCCGGAUGCUCGAUUCCUUCACUGCGGCGAUUGAAUUCUAGGUUUCUGGUAGCCGGGCGACAAUGUCGGGGCGAGGGAAGGGAGGGAAAGGGUUAGGAAAGGGCGGGGCGAAGCGUCACCGCAAGGUGCUGCGCGAUAACAUCCAGGGCAUCACCAAGCCAGCCAUCCGGCGAUUGGCGAGGCGCGGCGGCGUCAAGCGCAUCAGCGGCCUCAUCUACGAGGAGACCCGCGGCGUCCUCAAGAUCUUCCUCGAGAACGUCAUCCGUGACGCCGUCACCUACACCGAGCACGCCCGCCGCAAGACUGUCACUGCCAUGGACGUCGUGUAUGCGCUCAAGAGGCAGGGCCGCACUCUCUAUGGCUUCGGUGGUUAGGGCUGCUUCUUUCUUAGACGCACUGUCGCUGUGACGGAGAAAAAAGAAGGGGUUUUUUAAAGACUAGUAGAGGAAGAGAGACAUGAACUGGCAAUCUGUAGUUUGCUGUUGUUGUGAGGUUUGAUCAGUUGGUCUUGUAGUGUCCUUUUGGAUCAAUGUGGAAUUUUUAUCUAGAGUAAUCCCUAUAUCGUUUAGUGUGAUA